CCAAGAGACCAGUAUCUGGCAAAGUUGAUGUCUAAGAUUCAGAUAUCUGGAUCUAAAGGUCAAAGUUCAGAUACAACUAGAGUGAGCGAUGAAGGUGUCUUAGACUCCUGGGAGGAUAUUGAAGAGCACGAGGGUCUGGCAACUUCAAGUACACCACAAACUAGCAAACCUUCAAGUAGAAGUUCACAAUCAACACAUCGCCUGAAGGAGAUAUACACAGCCAAUCAAAACUCAUCAAUGUAUAAAGAUUUACUGAAAACACGUGAACAGCUCCCAGUAUACCAACAUAAACAUUCCAUCCAGGAAGUUCUACAGAAACAUAAUGUUGUAUUGGUUGCCGGGGAGACAGGAAGUGGCAAGAGUACACAGAUUCCACAUUUUAUCCUUGAGGACUGUCUGACAUAUGGUAGUGAGAAAUGUAACAUUGUGUGUACAGAACCUAGACGUAUAUCAGCAAUUAGUCUGGCCACCAGAGUGAGUCAGGAAAUGGGAGAAACCAAAAUAGGUAGUCCUGAAUCGUUGUGUGGUUACCAGAUCAGGUUCGAAUCCAAGCUCGGUCCAAACACUUGCCUUACAUACUGCACGACUGGCGUAUUACUCAGGAAACUACAACUAGAUUCUAAACUACAGCAUGUUACACAUAUCAUUGUGGAUGAG